AUGGCUCCGUACGAUAUUGACUGGGAAGGUCUUAAGAAAUUCAUCUCUGAGAAGGAGGGUUAUGAGCGCAACUUCGGCACCGCGGCGCCUCUCACUAAUGCUCAAAGGGCCGCAAUUCAUACCUUAGUCCCACCCCCUCAAGCAUCUCCAGAGGAAGCCACGGAUGACAUCAACUGGGUAUCUACUUUGCUACACUACCUUCAGGUCCACCAUCUCACAUCUGAUAUCAAAUUCACCGAUGAACCCGUCCACCUUCCGAACCCAGUUGGCAAAGGCACAGAUUUGAAAUGGAGAUGCUUCACCGAGCUGCCCAAUGGUGAAGCGGCAGCACCGUCUCCGACAGCGGCACCGUCUACCCAGACAGAGGCAACGCGUCCCACCAAACGGCAAGGCUUCCAGGACGGGGACGUACCUCGACAGAAUAUGCCGCCAACCAGUGUCAUCCCCGGCCUCUCCAUGGCGCCCUUCAGCGGCGAUGCGAUUCAACCGCGUUCUCUGUUCCAGGCCGACAGCAACCCGCCCCCAAGCAUACUCACGCCUGGCGACUCUGUGCGACGAAGCGAACCACGGCCGGUAGCAGGCCAGGUCGCGGAGCUUGCUCGGGUCCUCAAGCUCCCGCAGCCGCGCUACGACUGUAUCGCUGACGUCGGCAGUAGGAACACCUGGUCAGUGACGGCCGAUUUUGGCGGCCAUCAUCUACCGCCUGUGGGGCUCGGCGCGUUUUCGGGGGUGUUCACAAAGCAGGCUGCGAAGGAGAGGAGUGCUGAGGCGGUUUUGGAGUGGAUGAUCGGCGUGAAGGAGGACCGGGAGCAGAUUGCAAAUGACUUCCUCGAGGGGGGGCUUCUUUGA